AUGCAAACUUUGAGGAGAAGAACAAGUCCAUGUAAAUAUAAAAAUGAUCCAUCUAGAUUUUUGGGAGAAGGGAUAACAUUUAAAGCUAAACUUAUUGGAAUAUUAGAAGUGAGCGAAGCAAGAGGUGAUAAAAUGUGUCAGGAUGCUCUUAACGAUUUAAAAACGGCCAUAAGAGCCGCUGGAGAACACAAACAAAGGAUUACAAUAAGUAUUUCCAUUGACGGAUUAAAAUUAAGGGAUGAAAAAACGGGAGAUUGUCUUUAUCAUCAUCCCGUUCAUAAAAUUUCAUUUAUUGCUCAAGACAUGUCCGAUUCCAGAGCUUUCGGUUACAUAUUUGGUUCUCCAGACACGGGUCACAGGUUUUUCGGUAUAAAAACAGAUAAAACGGCGAGUCAGGUCGUGAUUUCAAUGAGAGAUUUAUUUCAAGUAGUUUUCGAAUUAAAAAAAAAAGAAAUAGAAAUGGCCAAACAACAUACGGAACAACAUCAAACAAAAUAUGGAAGCACGGGAUUUAUCGAUUCGUUACAUUUAUCAAAAGAUGAAAACGAAUUUGAUAAAAACAAGGGAAAAUAUUCACAAUUGCUUAAAACAAGGUGCCUAAGUUCAAAAUCAAACGAACCGAAUUCGUCGUCUGAUUUUAAAGUGCCAGAUUCGGAAGCCAUUGCGGAUCUAUUGGAUUUAGAACAGGGAAUCAAUCAAAUCGAUAAAAUAUCGUCUUCUGAUCCGUUCGGUUCACUUUGCAGGGAUAAUCCUUACGAUCCGUUCGACGAUUCUUUUUCAAAUAAAUUAAAUCAACCGUCGAAUGAAAAAGUUUUAUCUGAUAUUAUAACAAAACCUCAUCAUUUGGAUAAUUCUUCAUCGGAUUUAGAUAAGAAUUCUUCUUUUUUCGAAUCCGUUCCAUCAACGAGUAAAGCUAAUUUUUUUUGCCAAUUUUCUCCGGAUUCAUCCGAACCUGGAAAAUUUAAUAAAACCGAACAUAAAUGGUUCGAACAAGAAAAUGAUAACGUGUUUGACGAUUUGAAAAUAAAUGGUAGUAAUAAUGAACAAAUUACUUCUUCGUCCGCGGUUCUUAACGCUCCCGUUCCUCCCGAGUCCGAAACGAACGACAGCAUAAAAAGUCCAAUAAAAACAGAUUUGUUCACGGAAUUGGAUCCGUUGGGUACAGGUCGAGUAAAGCCCUACGUUGACAAGAAAGAUUUUUUUCAAGAUCUCAAAAAUCCGCCGAAAAAAAUAUUAAAAGAAAUAAUUUCUGAUGGAACGCUGGCUGACGCGUCAUCUUCAUAUUUUCCGACGCAGUUCCCGAACGACAAAAUCCUUAAAUCGGGAAAAAUUGAAGGGAUUUCGGAAUCUAUAAAGGAUUCAUCUUUGACGGGGAAAACAUCUAAAACGGAUCCAUUUGAAAAUGCAGACCCUUUUAAAGAAACGGAUCCUUUUCAAGAAGAAAGCUUUUUGUCAUCAACGGGAUUUUCUCCCAUAUUUGGUACCAAACCUUCUUUAGAUGAAAUAUUUGAUGAAAAAGCAUCGUGGAAAUUUGAAAAAUUUAAGCCUUUUAAAGAAGAAAACGUUGAAAGCAAUUCGUACUCGACUUCUUUUUCAUUGUUUUCAAGUUCGACUCUUAAAGUGUCACUUCCGCCGGAGAGAACCGAUACGAAAACUCAUUCCCUUUCUAGUCCGAAUACUAAAAUAAAUAUGGCUGUUAACUCAUUGGAUGAUUUGAAUCAAAGAAAGCAAACGCAGCAAAUUAAUUUGGAUAAAAACCUGACGGAAACGUCGGAAAACGAAUCUCAAGUUUUAGAAGAACCUUUUGUAAAAAGUGAAAUAAAAACUUCGGGUCCUAAACCGGAUGUACUCAAAUCCCCGUUUAAAAAUAAAUUUUCUUCUUUAAGUUCUCCGACGGAAACAAAAACUGAAAAAAGUGUGACUAAAUUAUAUUCGAGUGUUGAAGUUUUAGAAGCCACGACUCCCGAUCCUCCUCCUAGAGCGAAAACCGCCGUUUUUUCAAUAAAACCUCCACCCUUACCCCCUAAAAAGUUAAAUCAAACCAAUGUCAAACCUCCUGCGAGACCACCAUUAGGCGAAGAACGAAUUUUACAUUAUGAUCAUGUACAGCAAGAUAAAGUAGAUAGAAUUAAUUUUAAUGAAAAAUUAAAAAAUGUUAAAUUAGAUGGGAAAUCAUCAGAAGACAACGGGUCAUCAUCACAACACAAUGAUUCGGUUAAUAAAGUUUCUUCGGAACCUUUUUUCCCUGUUUUACUUCCUCCACCUAAUCGGAAAACAUCCAUCGAUUCCAAUAAAACCAGUUCGAAAAAGCCCGCGGAUGUUAAAACGGAAAUAGCUCCAGGAACCACAACCGGUUCGGUAUUAAAUAUAAAAUUAAUGCAAUUGGAUAGUGCAGGAUUAGAAAAUUUGGCGGCCACGUUAGGAGUACCAUCGAAAAAUAUAUACAGUAUGACGUUGCAAGACUUGACAAAAAUGUUAACAGAAAAAUACAAGAGUUUAGGUGGUGGAGAUCAAGAAAAAAAAACCGUUGAUGACACUUUCGAAGCCGAUUUCGAUUCGAAUUUUUCUAAACCGGAAACGGAAUCGAAUACUACGUAUGAUAAAUACGCAGUUUUUAAAGAACUCAUUCAAAGUGAAUGUAAUGAAGCGUCUCCUUUUCAAAAUCAGAACGAAAGUGAAGAAGUGAAUUCGGAAAAUUUUAAAAAUUCUGAAAAUGAAAUUCGACAACCGGAAGAUCCAACGGAAGACAAAUAUGCAGCUUUACGUCAGCUUUCGUUAAACGUUCAAGAAACGGAAAAAAUUGAAGAUGGUGGAAAAAUUGCGGAGGUUGAAGAAAUCGAAUCAGAUCCGAAAAAAUCUAUAAGUACCGGAAAUCCACCAGAAACGAGCACCAUUAGUAAAUCAACGGAGAGUCAAACGGCUAAUACUAAUGCGGAAUAUGGAGACUGGGCAUCCAACACCAGCUGGUUAAAACUCUCGGAAACGGAUAAACCUAAAGAAAUUCAAACAUUAUCGAGCGAAAGUCAAUUUUUCCCUCUCGAAGAUGAUUUUUCCGACGAAAAGAAACCAUCAAGUUUCAGAGACAAUUGGGCAACAUUUGACAAACCUGAAUUUAACGAAACGUCGAAAAAAAAAUCCCUAGAAAAUUUAUACGAAAACGAAAAUUCACCAUUUUCAUCGGACGGUAAAGAAGAAGAAAAAGAAAUACCGUUUCAUUGGCAUCAGAAUGUCGGAAGGAGGAAAAAAUGUAAAGAAAUGUGUUGGAAAGACGACGACGAAUCCUGGGAUGAUUAUUCACCAAAGGAAAGCAUCUGCAGCGAUGAAUCCUCACGGGAAGAUGGAUCUCCCGACGUGGAUCCCGAUAAUCAAUUUGAAAACGCUUUAUGGACGAUGAGAGAUAAAAUACCAAAAAUGAAAAAUUGGAAAACUAAAGGUAAACAACAACAGUGGAUUCAUAAUGAUAAAUGGCAACAAGACGAAACCGAAGAUGAAUUUGAUGAUUUUUGGAGACGUCAAAAAGAUAGGUCGGCAAGUUACGAAACAACAAAACGAAAUUAUUGGAGAGGUAAAAGUUACGACGAUCAAAAAAAACGUUACGAUUGGUGCAAUACUUGGGGGGAACACUGCGAAGAUAGUGGCGGGGGUGGUGGAGGAAGCAGACGUUCUCAUUAUUAUGGAAAUCGUAGGAAACGAAGCGAAUCAGACCAUGAAUACCGGAAAAGAUAUGAUUCUGAUGCUUCUGAUAAAGAAUGUAUAUGGUCAUUUCAAAAAAAUUAUAGCGAACCACAAAAUCGAACGGGAAAACAAAAAUCACAUCUUUACGGUUCGAGUCGUCCAUUUAAAGACUGUUCAGACUAUCAUUACGGAUCGUAUGGUAAACACCGUAAGGAAACAUCAUCACAAAAACGUCCCAACAGUGCUUCAGAAUGUAAAAAAAAUUAUGAAAAAAUGUUCAGCCCUUAUUACGGUAACCAUUCGUUUAACGAAACCGGUGAUAAAACGUACCCGGGUAAAAAAAAUAUAACAAAAGAAGAAUUUUUUAAUCGUAAUCCGAAAGACGUUAUUAUUAACAAAUGCAGAAGCGAUUUCGAAUUCGAUAUAACCGACAGAAGGAUAAACAACAACAGCAGUCAAAAAUUUAAACAGAAUAAAAUGAGGGGAUACUUAGGAUCGCCCCCUCCCGGAAAAAAAGAUAAUAAUUAUACCGAAACGGGUAUUGUGGAAAAACCGGAAACGUCAUCUACUCGAUUCAGGUUCGAUAGCGAAUCCGAUAAUUUCGAUAAAGAUAAAAUAUCUAUUGACACGUCAUCAAAAUACUCAUUCGAUAAAUCGAAUCGAUGGUCAUUGACGAAUGGUAAAACGGAAGAGGAAAUAAAUACGUUUAAUCCGAAAAAUACUACGAUCGAUCCAUCAUUUUCCACCGCCAUAAAAUCACCGAAAAAAAAAUCGAACGAUAAUAAUUUCGAUAAUAAUAAAUCGAUUAAUUGUAAAUCGACGGUUAAAAAUCAAUUAUCGAAAACUUCGAGACAAGAUCCAUCAUCAUCAUCAUCCACCCUUUUAAGAAAAUCAGAUUCAAUAAAUAUUUUCUCAAGGGAUAAUGAUCCAUUUGAGGAACCUGAACAAUUACCUGCUAAAGUUUACGUUGGUAAAGAUGGAAAUGUCGGAGCAUCUUUUGGAGGAUAUUCGGCAAGUGCAGGUCUUGGUGGAAUAUUAACGGGAGAUGUUGCAAAAGGAGGACUUCAUGCGGAAGCCGGUACACCUCAGGGACAUUUUGCUUCUGCCGGUUUAGGCGGUUCCGUAUCAGAAAGUGGCGGCGCUCACGGUCAUACUUAUUCGAAAUCGGGUAAAAUCGAACCUGUUGUUGUUUCCGGUGUACAAUCUUCGGAAUCUUCUGGAACCAGCAACGUACAAACAUCUAAUAACGUUAGAAUAGGUGGUGGUGGUGGCGUCGUUGAAGGACCGCAAAAAUCGACAUUUUUCGACGACAUAUUUAAUGUGAGUCAAAAUUAA